AUAGCGCAUGUAGUGAGUUUUUAGUUCACACACAAUAACAAUCACAAAGAUCUUCACCGAGUCUAACUUGACUGGAAAUUUAUUAUUUUGGAAAACCUAAAGUCGGUUCUUUUCAUCCAUACGACGGAAAUUUAUAUUUUAUAUAUGACAAGGAUAUCACUUUGAUGCAAGCAUGAGGAUCUUGCCCCCAUCUAUUCAGGACCUGCCCAAAUUUUUGCACCAUCUAUGGAUCAUAUGUUUCCUUCUACCGCCUUCAUGGGGUCAAAACUACGACCUGUACAGCCAGUCGGACACCUGGACAACGGCCAUUCUCAUCCUCACCUACAAACACCCAAUCUCAAAGAACCUCACGACGGAGAAAGAAGAAAAUGGCCGCUUUGCCACAGGGACUAUAAAAGAAGCCAAAGGCAUUCUGCUGCGACCAUCGCGAAACGUCUACGGUUGUGUCGCCCUGCCAAAGAGCCAGAUACCAAAGCAACCUUGGAUUGCGCUGGUGGAAUAUGGGAAUUGCACGCCUGAGGUGAAAAUGACAUUAGCUGAAGAAGGAAACGCUUCCGCUUUAUUGAUGAUAAAUGCUCCGGAGGUAGACGCUUCUUCAGUAGAUUUUAAAGGGAAAAUCCCUGGCAUUAUUUUGAAAGCUGAGCACGGCAAGCGGAUAGAAGAGCUUGUCAAGAACGUGACGCAGGUCAUGAUCGAGAUCACAGAGGGACCCCAGGUCAUCACUCGUAUAGAGGUCAAGAAAUCAUCGGUUCUCUUCGUCUCAGUCUCCUUCAUCGUUCUCAUGAUUGUCUCACUGGCAUGGCUUGUAUUCUACUACAUACAGAGAUUCAGAUACGCUCAGGCUCGGGGGAGAACACAGAAACAAUUAGGAAGAGCAGCCAAGAAAGUUAUUGCUAAGCUACCCUUAAGAACAGUUAAAGAUGGCGAUCAGGAAAUGGUUGAAAUCGAGGCCUGCCCUAUCUGCCUAGAGUUUUACAGAAUCAGUGAUAUCCUCAGGGUCCUGCCAUGCAAGCAUAGCUACCACAAAACAUGUGUAGACCAGUGGCUGGUAGAAAAUAGAACAUGUCCAAUGUGCAAGCUCAACAUUCUCAAAGCAUUAGGAUAUCAGAUGCCAGCAGCACCCACUGAAGAGGCUCAUUACAUCUUGGAAGUAGGGCAGAUCGCGUUUGGCUCAGGUUUGGACGAUAGCAAUGAAGCCGGGAGCGGGCAGCACGUGGAGCCAGUGCGGACACUUCUCAGCAAUUGUACGACCACAGGAGGGCGCUAUGUGCGGAUGGUAGCUGUCGAGCACGACCGCCAUUCUGACGGCAACGAAUCGGUGGAGAGCCGGAAUGGAUCAUCUAGUUCAGAAGGAAUUCUACCUCCAGUGACGACAACCGUGGAGCUUCACGACCCGAACUCCUCCUCCCGGAACCUUGCAGAAGACGCCUCGGUGAACGGCGCAGAAGAAUCCACCUCGCAAAACCUUGUAGAAGAGACGCAGGAUCCUGGGCAUGCAACAUCUGUUUAGUCGACACAAACAAAGUCUUAUUUAAACAUUUAUGUAUAAAAAAAAGUGUGACAUUUAAAACCACACUAAAACAGGGUGUAAUAUACGUAAUGUCAAGUAACAGAGAAACAGCUUUGCACUUUUUUUUUCUUCUUUUGGUUAUGUUUUGUCAUUUUCUGAAAUAGUACUUAACCGAUUCUGUGCAUCUGUUCUCAUAUCGCUUGGCAUGUUGUAUAAAUCUUGUUGUAUUUCAAAAAGUUAUUAUGGAUUGAUUUGACAAUUGAAUUCCAUGAAUUCUUAAUUCUGUCAGACAUGUCAUGUGUAGAUUCUGCAGUUUGUUUGAAAAAAUAGAAUAGGAUAAAUAGUGUGUUUUAUUUCAUAAUGUGAUGAUACUGAAUGAGAUAUUAUAAAUUUGUAAUUAUUUAUACACUUGGUUUGUAGCUUCAAAUUGAUUAUAAAAGCUCCAUCGUAGCUACUGAUAUAGUGUUGUAGGUUGACAUCACAAUUCUUAGCGUUUGAAAGUUAAGGGCCGUGAGAAAUUAUUAGAUUUCAUUUUGGAUUGGCUGAUAGAGCAGUCUUGCAUUUUUGAAAAGUUUUGAUGAGAAAGUUUAAUUACGAUUCACAUCUGGGUUUUCAUUUCUGUAGUGGCAGUCUGUUUGAAUUUGUUCAAAACGUUUAAAUUGAAGACAUGCUUAACAGUGGUAACACUGAUCUCACUGGCUGAAAGAUUUCUUAUCAAUUUCAUUUACAGCAUUCAUGGAUUUAGAAAAAUAAACACAAUACAGUUUGAUUAAAGGAUGGAUCCUUGACUAUAGCAUUGCAAAGUGUGAUAAUUUAAAUCAUGCUUGAUUAUAAUAAUUAAAUUUUGAUUUAUAGAUUGCAUACUUGUUAAUAAUUAAUGCUCUUAUGCACUUAAUAUAUAUAGAAUAGUUCACCUAUUUAAAAGAAAAAAAUGAAACACUAUUGCAUGAAAUGGUUGGAUGAAUAUAGAACAAAGUUAAGGAUAUGAUGAGACAUUUUAUAAUACAGUAAGUUGGUAGAAAAAAUGGAAGCGUAAACUGAAAAAUCAUCAUGUACCUAAUUAUAUCUAUUUAUCUAUUCAAUUAUUUUAAUUGUUUUAAUUGUUGAUUUUUUGGUUGUUAUUGAGAUAAACAGGUGAAUUUUUCUGCCGCUUGUAUGAUUUCCCUAUGUACUUAUUUCUGGCUGAGUUAGAUGUUGACUUGAUUGUAACUAAAGAGGGCAGCAGAUAACAAUAUGCAACUGUAUAUUUGUGAAAUUACAUAGGAUUGAGUUUGGGUAAAAAUCUGUCCUAUCACACUCUUCUCCUUGAUAUGUAAGAAACACAAUUCAAGGUUGAUUCAAGGCCGAUUAAUUCAGUUGUCAAAUUCAUACAUCCUUGUUUAGCUUGAGAGAUAGUAUACCAUAUUGUCAGAUAUAUUCUUAAUAAAUAAUAAUAAUACAAUAUUUGUAGAGCGCAUAAUAAACAAAUUUUUUCUAUGCGCUGUACAAGCAUGAUUGACAAGAGAAGUAUAAUCACACAAAAGGAAUCAACAAAGAGAAGUAUACAAAUCUUAUGAUAUGAAACAGUAUUUUGUGCAACAAGAAGUCUAGAGACAUCAUAAUUUUGAGUUUUAUCAGAUAUUAUUAUUCUCAUGAGUUAAUAUUUUAUCAUCCUUGCAAACAGACUGCAACCAAAUGGCAAUUAUAUGACAUGCUCUCAGGCCUAGGUAUUGGUUUAUAUUUCCAAGUUUAAUUUGUACUUUUACAUGAUCGUGUAUAAAGAAGCUUACAGUUCCCCAAUGACUACUGUUUAUUAGUGCAAAGCAUUAAGAUUGUUAUGAAAUUUAUUAUCAAUUUUGCACUUGAACAGGGGGUUAUUUUGGCAGAAUAGCAAUGGAUGACUUGUAAUAUUUGAUUUUGGAAAUAUAUUACAUUUUGAAAUGGAAUUUAUAUUGAUCAGUGAGGCGUGGAUUCAGAACCACAUAUAAUAUAACACAUAAAGAAAAAAAGAUGUGUAAAAAGGAUUUUUCUUGUGGUUAUUUUUUCUUGCCAUUAGGUAGAAUUAUUUGCUAUUAAACUAAUGUGCUCACUGUUAACAAAAUUAUGAUGGUAGAUACAUUUGAUAAUAAUUAGACAUGCCAAAAUGUGGAUAUUUUUGUGUUUUCAUUUCUGUAUUAAACCCCCCCCCCCCCUGUUGUAAACAAAUAGAGAAUCAUGUCUGUCUCAACAGAGUACUGAUAUAUAUAUUACCAUAGUUUGUUGAUUUGUAUUGAUUUUUUUUUUUUUUUUUUGGGGGGGGGGGGUGUUGAACUUUAGGGUACAUGAAUGUAUAGAGAAUGGUCGGUCCAUUUAAAGAUGGUUUGUACAUGUAUGUAUGUGCACUAACAAAAGACAAAGCCAUGUUUGCAUAUUAAUACAUGUA